UCGCUUGGGCCGGAAGUGCAGAAAAUGGGGAAUACGAAACUCACACAUCAUCAUCAUCCUUAUCCCUUUUUACCACCGUUCUUCAACUGCUCCGGCUGCGGUACACAUCUUUACCAAAUUUCUCUUCCGAUUUUUCUUUUCUGUGCAACACUCUAUCAACCAGAGCAAUAUACGUACCGUUGUGAAUGUUGUUGACGACGGAAACAGAGUGAUUCUCACAACGUCGUCUUUUUUCUAUCUUUUUUUUUUUCUUUUAUGGAUAACAUGGACAUUUUCAGUCUCUGUCUCUCACGCACACGCCUAAUAGAAAAACAACGCGAUCAUUUCCACAAGAGUUGAAACCUUCUUUUUUUCUGUGUUUUUCUGUAAGCUCCAUCUGUUUUUUUCUCUCUCUCAAAAAAGAUCAUAUGACCCCCGUUGUGAUGGGCCUUGUUUUCUUUUCCCUGAUGUGCUGGAUUUCCUCUAAAAAAAGAAGACGUUCUUAUCAAUUUCGCCAUCAGUUACAUCUUUUGUUUGGUUACUAUUAUAUUACCAUAGGCACACAAAACAGUAAUGUCAUCAGCAGUGGAAUUUCGUUCGCCUCACCACCCCCCCCCGCCCUUCACCCUCAGCCCACUUUGCUCAUCACUUGGCACCACAGACAUCAUCACGUACUCUCGUUUUCCAUUAGUAAGAGAUCCAAGCAAAACGUUAAUUUAGUUUAUCCGUUCUUCUCCCCACACCCCCCGCACACUUUUCAUCAUUCUUGCAUUAUGUCCCCACACACACAUAGGGUUACCAAUAUAUACACGGAACUAGGUUUCUCAGGGUUGUCAUUAUCUUGGGGAAAUGAUCAAACACUCGGGUCCCCCGGUUCAGUUUUUUUUAAGUUUUCACAUUCUUGAGAGGUACCAUCAUCAUUAUUAUCACUCUAAUCAUCAACAGAACAGCAGCAGACAAGGAUGAAAGACAACAUAGUAGCCCUGUGAUUGUUUGAAUAAAGGUGUCAUUAAUCAAAGCACCGCACUGAAUAGAAUACUGAUAUGUGCUUUUCCUGCACUAGAAUUGGGAAAUGUGGUUUUUCUAAUAUGUAGCUUUUUUUCUAAACACUACUACUUAUAUAACAGAUACAGAUCUUUUCCUAAAAAUCAUAGAGUCAUAUAAAGUCAUGUUCUGUUUGACGGACUCAUUUAUAGCGCAUACAUGUAAGGCUGCACAUUUUAAGAUGAAAAGGCGCUGAUGUGUAGUAGUAGUAGUAGUAGUAGUAGUAGUAG